GCAUGAUAACUUCCUUAUGAUGGCUUAUGUAUGUAGGGUUUGCAUCUGAGUGGUUAAAUCAGUUGCCUACCAAUAAUAAAAAGAAAGACAUACUUAUGGCACCAUGCUGGACCCAGUCCUUAUCUGCUUGCAAGGACCUCAACCUCACAUGAGCUCAACUCAUGUUCGGUUCUUUGUUAUGGUUCAUCCCAUUUUAGACAUAUCAAGGUUCUUCUCCCUUUAUUGAGUGCCUUUCUAGGUUCAUGUCAAGAUUUUUAAGUUGCUUUUGUUUAUAUGAUUUUGUCUAGGAAUUUAAUAUAGACAACUUAGCAGAAUAAUGGCUUUUCCAAAAGUUGUCAAUAAACUGAAAUGGAUAUAUGGUAACAAUCCAAAGCUGAGCAAGAAAGAGCCUUAUAAACUUGGAAUAUCUGGACCUACCACGGUCCUUUCCUUUGUCAGUUCUGAAACUUAGGUUCAAUCUUGGCUUGCAGCUCUCCACUUUGGACCACUCUAUGCCCACAAAAAAUGCAUGCAGACCAAGUAGGUCCAAACAACUUUUAGCCCUUUUAAGUUGUUUUAUGUUCAAAUGAAUUUUGGAUAAUUCUAAAAUUUUCUUUUAUAUAAGAAAACUACUAGAAUAAUGUUGAUGGGGGCCUUCUGAAAUUGCUAUAUGUUCGUUGAUACAUUAUAAUGAACAUUGUUUUAAACCAUAGUUAGAACUUGAGAAUUGAUGAGGAAGGAUCAACAACUCUAUUAGUGAUAUUUGAUAUCAUCAAAUGGCUUACAAUUUGUCAAGCCACGGUUAGGUGAAUUGCUUAUCAGCUAAAGUUAUGAUUGACUGAUUACAACUCUACCAAAAGAAAAUGCUAUUAUUGCAAAACUCGAAAUAUAUUCUGUUUGAACAUUUCGUUGAAUUUUCUCAGUGACAUGAAACAGACAAUUCCAUGUUUUCAAGGUCAGAUAAAUCUAGCAUACUGGCAGUGUUUGUGGCUAAAAUUUUGAUAUUCUUGUGGCUCACUACUUUGCGUCUUAUGGAAUGUGAAUUCCUUCUGUGUCUCAUGCAUAAUAUUCUUAUAUAACUAUCUAUCAUAACCAUUUAUGCCUUUUUGACGUGUAUAAAAUAAAGUGUGAGAUGCUUUUGUAGUCAGGAUGUCCCAGAGCCAUGCCCUCAUUUUACACUGACAGGUUUAACUAUGUUUAAAUUUGCAUGUUUUCCACAUGAUAACAACGAUAUUAGUAUAUGAGAGUUCUAAAUUGUCGAGUUAAAAUUUGGCACCUUACUGAAAGAGAGUGAAAGAACAAAGUAAUGCAUUUCUUUCCUCAUUGAUAACUUGGUUUCACAGAAAAUCUUUUUUAAAUCAACUAGUCUUUAUUGUUCAUUUGGAUGUGUUUUUGUUGAACUCAAAUCUCAUCUGACAAAAACACCUGUGAUGUGAAUGGUCAUUUUCUUAACAUACAACUCAACAGGUGCAUUGAAAGUUUCUGUCUUUUACUGAUCCCGGUGUGAUUUCUGUCAGCAUUGAUGCUCACUUUAUAAUUUAGAUUAUUUAGUGCCUCUGGCUUUUCUACCACCUACCCACCAUUAUAUUUGUACUUUUCUUUGGUGGUGAUAUGUGGCUUCAUCUACCUGCAAAUGUCAUUUUUAAUAUUUGUAAUAUUUUGUUGCCACUGUUGCAUGACUUCUUGUUGGUGCUAGUCCUUUUUCUUGGAAAUAAGCUUUGGUAGGAAGAUACUCCAAUGCCCAGUGCUCACUAUAUUGUCUCCUUUUGUGGGAUGCUGGUUCUGCUUCUAAUUUCCUGUUUUCUUGGAGCUAAGCUUUGGUAUGAAGAAAUUGCAAUAACUGAUGCUCACUUUAUUGUCUCCUAUUUUGGGAUGCUGGUUUUGGUUCUAACUUCUUAAUCAUGUAUGCAAUAAAAUCCGCAUCUUGGAACCAAGAUUGGUAAACGAAGGUUACAAUUAAUAUAGGAGAUUGCAGUUAUUUGCUUUGAGCUGCCUUCUUAUCUAGUGGUGCUUCUUGUCAGUAUGCCUUUGUUAAUUGAUCCUCUUGCUUUUGGACUGACUAGCAAAUUGAUCACUGUCUUUUAACAGUUACUCUGAAUCAAGGUUUGUGUAUCGGUCGGUACUGUAUUGUACUGGACAUAUCCUGCUGUAUUUCUACCGAACUGAUAUACAGUCUCGUACUAUACCGAUAUUCGGCAGUGGAAGAACCAGGCAGCAGCAGAGAAGUCAUAGCUCCCAAAACUGGAAUGAAGUUUAAAACCUUAGAAGAGCUCUGUGAAUUCUAUAACCGGUAUGCCCAGCAUCUUGGAUUUGCCACGAAGAUUAAAGGGUCGAGCAGGAAUCGUGCAUAUAUACAGAUCAUGUGCUGGAAGGGCCGCAAGAGGGAUAUACGGAGGACCGAUGCCCUUGCACCAAGACCGACUCUAUAUACCAGUUGCCCAGCGUUGCUCAAAGUGCGUCUGUGCCGCUUUGAUGGCAUGUACCACCUUAAAGAAGUUGUUCUUGACCACAACCAUGAACUCAAUCCACUCCGAAUGCACUUCUACAGGGAUGAGAAUAUGGUCGGGGCUGGUGUGAAAAAGCGUGAAGCACAUGUUGCUGCAGCAAGGGAAGAGAGCUUAGCUUUGGUUGAAAGGGAGUGGAUGAGCUCUGUUGAUGAGAUACAAUGGUUGAAGCUUGAGAAAGAGGAUGCUGAAGCUCUCCAUCAGUUCUUUCGCCGCAUGCAGGCUAACAAUUCAAACUUUUUCUAUCUGAUAGAUAUAGAUGGGGAGGGCCAUCUGAGAAAUGUUUUCUGGGCUGAUGGCAGAUCAAGAGCAGCAUAUCGGUACUUUGGUGAUGUUAUCUUAUUGGACACAUCUUGCUUGAGAAGCAAGUAUAAUGUGCCUUUAGCUACAUUCAUUGGAGUAAACCAUCAUGGCCAGCCACUGCUAGUGGGUUGUGGCUUGCUUUCAAAUGAGAACACAAGAACCUACAUAUGGUUGUUUCAGGCAUGGCUAUCAUGUAUGUCAGGGCAAUCUCCAAAUGCCAUAAUCACUGACCAGGGCAAAGCCAUACAAGAAGCAGUUGCUCAGAUUUUCCCAGGUUGCCCCCAUCGUCAAUGCCUGUGGCAGAUUAUGAAAAGGAUUCCUAACAAAUUGGAAGGAUGUGCAGAAUAUAAAGAAAUAAAGAGGGCAUUUAAGAAAACUGUGUAUGACUCUUUAAGUGCUCAUGAAUUUGAACAAGAAUGGAGUAAAAUGCUUGAGAAACAUAGUCUUGUAUACAAUGAAUGGCUCAGGUUGUUAUAUCAGGAUCGGUAUCAUUGGGCUCCUAUUUUUGUGAAAGAUAAAUUUUGGGCAGGGCUGUCUGCUACCCGACGUGGUGAAAAUAUGGAUUUCUUCUUUGAUGGGCACUUAGAGUCAAAUACUUCUUUAAAGCAGUUUCUUGACAAGUAUGAGAUGGCCAUGGAGAGUAAGUACGAAACUGAAGCUCUAGCAGAUUUUGAAUCAUUCCAUAAGGUUCCACCAUUGUUCACCCAAUUCUACAUGGAGGAGCAGCUUUCAAAAAUUUAUACAAUUGACAUAUUUGUAAAGUUUCAGGAUGAGAUAAAGGCCUUAGUAUACUGUCACCCUUCACUAAUUAGGAAAGAUGGUUUGAUGUAUAUUUUUGAAGUCAGAGAACGUAUAAGAGGGAAAGAAAGUAAAAUGAUGGAGCAAAAAAAUUAUGAAGUUAUGUUUAAUGCAAAUGACCAGGAGGUGCGAUGCAUUUGCCAUUCUUUUCAGUACAGAGGCAUUUUAUGUAGGCAUGCAUUAUCUGUGUUUAACUUUCAAGAUAUUGACGAGAUCCCAUCACGAUACAUUGUUGAACGCUGGAAAAAGGACUUUAAGGGUGUGCAUGCUGUGGUUUGUCCUCCUUAUGAAAUGGUAGCCAAUGGUCCAAUGGAGCGUUAUGAAAAUCUGUACAAGCAUUGCCUCAAACUUGCAGAGGUAGGGACCAAAACUGAUGAUAAAUAUCAGUUUGCACUAAAAGUAAUAAAUGAGGCAAUGGAGAAGCUUCUUGAGGACAAUUUCAUAUGCAAAGGCAAGCAGGUUAAGAUUGUGAUGACAGAACCUACAAUAGAUUGCAAUAAUGUUGAUAGCUCUGCAAUAAAUGGCAACAAAGAUAUGGGUAAAGAUAUUGAGGAAAUUCAUGAUCCUAAGGAACCAAGAAAGAAGGGACGGAAAAGGAGGAAAGAACCUGCUGAGACAUUAAACAACAACAAAGAAAAGGAACAAGUUAACCAGACAAAUGCACCAGUUUUUCUCCAUCCUCCGCUACCUUUGAGCUACCAACAUCCGUUUGCGAAUCCAUCAUGGGCACAGUGGAGCUUUCAGCACAUGAACCAGGUUCAGCCAUCUAACUUAAUUUACUAUGCUGCGGCACCGGUGAACCACCCACAGUUUGGUCUCUUCCUAAAUAGGGAUCAGCUUGGUGAUCCAAGAUUUAGCAAUAGUUCAGGAAUUCCAUGGAGCUCUCAGCAAAUACUAGAGAAAACUCAAAACCCUGUGGCGCUUCCUGGUCCUAAGAAAAAGAGGAAGAGAAAGAAUGAUGUAGUAGAACUGUCAGGUUGAGCUCAUGGUAGGUCCACAUGGCUCCCUGCUAUACUGCUGACGAGCAUCAAUCGCCUUUUAAGUGACAUUCCCAAUCUUAUAGCUCAGAAAAAAGUUGACUGUAGCAUAAAAGAGGCAGCUGACUGUUUAGAUGCUUUCUGCAUUUAAUAUGGAAGAACUGCUUGCGGAGUGUAGCAACAUGUAACCCAUUCUUUUAGUCUUAUACUUUUGUAUUAUAUAUAUGUAUGUAUGUAUGUAUGUAUAAAUACACAUACAUAUAUUAGAUUUAUUAGAACUUUGAGCUGACUGCUCUUUGUGAAGUUUUCUGUAUGUAGACGGUUGUUGUUACUUUUCAUCUCAAGCAUGAAUCCAUACUUGGUGCAACUUUAUUGGAUAUGUACAUCUAUUUUACUGGUAUCUUUUUCUUUCCCUUUUGUUAAGAGAAGCUUAAGUUUCUCAUUUACACGGAGGUGGAAUUUGAAAGCUACAUAUCAAGAUUUGCAGAUAAGUGCCUUCUAUAAGACGUGUAGUUCUUGUUUUUCGCCUCAUCCAAUUGUCAUUCUAAUUUUUACCUCCUGUUGCUUAAAAUGUUGGUUGAUAUCGGGUUUCAACUUUCCAGUCACAACAAGGUGAUGUGCAUUGGCCAUACCUCUUCCAUAACUUCUCAAUUGUAUUUUUAUGGCUUUUAUUGGAGAAUAAGGAAAUUAUCAAUGAAUAAGAAUAACUGAAUUAAACAAAAUAAUUUGGAUAUAUUGAUUGAUUCUUCAUAGUAACAUAAUAUUGUAGUACAUAUUUGGCUCAUAUCCUGGACUGAUAAUGUGUUAUGGUUAACAGCAUAUGGAAUGUAACAUUCAUAAUGGAGGCUGCGACCUUCAAUAGUAACAUAUGAUGGACUUGGUAUCAAACUGUGGUUGAGAUAAGUUUUCCUGGUAUUGAGUAUCAUUAUGGCAUAUAAUUCCUGUAGUCUUGCAGACUUUUAUUUCCAUGAAUCUUCUGAGGCAUUGCAUGAUUCAAUUCAAGGGUUGUGCUCUCUUUUUUUUUUUCUUUCCUUGCAGAGCCAUUGAUGGCUUCCACAAAAUUGCAAUGAUGUUUUGAGCUCUGAUGUGAGCAAUGCUUGAUACACCUCUUUCUGCUGACACUGAAACGCACAUGGUCCGCAUCCUCUCAGACGUGUGGUGCUUGGGAGGUGUGGAGUCAACUUUUCAGUAAGAGGUCAUGAGUUUGGCUUGCUGCCUGAAUUGGGAGUAUUACGCAUACUGUCAAACAGUGCUGGUCCAUCCAAUCAAAGUGACUAGUCUAUGGAUCCUUCGCACAUUAAACUUGAAGACUUGAUAAUCUCCAUCCAAUGUCAAUUUUGGAUGGUUGCCAAAUCUGAGCUCAUUCCUAGCUAUCAUCCAACUUUUAGGUGUAUGUAUCUCAUUAGCAGAUUCAAAUGUUCUUCUAUAUAAUCUCAAUUAUAAUUCUAGAGCUUUUCU